CUCGCUUGGUGAUAAUGGCAGUCGUCACCAGUCAAGCGCAAUAUACAUAUACCUCGCCCUGCCCUCACUUCUCGGCUUCUUCGUUCGUGAGCGCUCACUGACCACUUGUGGAAGACCAACCUGUGAUUAUCGAGUCCAUGUCACUCAGUCCUCCUCUCUCAAAAUUGGCAAAGCAUAGGAUCUCAAGCGUUCUCAUCCAACAGACUUCCCGCGGGCUGUCGUCAAAGCGACCCCUCAAUUUUGUGUACUCGGCAGUCGGAGCGCCCCUCGUUCACAAACAGUGUCCUGCGAGACUCGGCUCACCACCGUUCUUUUCCCACCACAACGCCCCCUACCUGACGCAGACAAGAAUGUCGACCACGGGAAAGGUCACGGACUGGGUUGACCCCUCGGACAAGAGCGGCGAGUUCAAGAGGCAGGUCAGCUCGUUCCGGGACUGGAUCUCCAACGAGGCCGGGGCCAAGUUCCCGGCCGAGAAGGGGAGGUAUCACCUGUAUAUCAGCUACGCAUGCCCUUGGGCGAACCGUACGCUCAUCGCGAGGAAGCUGAAGGGGCUGGAUGACUUCAUCACCGUGUCCGCGGUGCACUGGCACCUGGGAGAGAAAGGAUGGCGCUUCCCGACCGCCGAAGACAAGGACGCCGAGGGCGAGAACGUGGUCCCGGACCCGCUGCACGACGACUUCACGCACCUGCGGCAGAUCUACUUCGAGUCGGACCAGGAUUACUCGGGCCGCUUCACCGUGCCGGUCCUGUACGACAAGAAGCAGAAGCGCAUCGUGAGCAACGAGAGCAGCGAGAUUCUGCGCAUGCUCGACAACGCGUUCGACGACCAACUCGACGACAAGUACCGCAGUGUUCACCUCUACCCGGAGGCGCUACGGUCCAAGAUAGACGAGGCCAAUGAGUGGCACUACGACCUGAUCAACAACGGCGUGUACAAGUCUGGGUUUGCGACCACCCAGGAGGCCUACGAACGCAAUGUCCGCGCGCUGUUCGAGGCCCUCGACAAGGCUGAGGCGCACCUUGCCGCGGGUGAGGGGCCUUACUACUUUGGCAAGGAGCUGACUGAAACCGAUGUCAGGCUGUUUGUCACUAUUAUCAGAUUUGACCCUGUCUACGUCCAGCACUUCAAGUGCAACAUCAAAGACAUCCGGUCGGGGUAUCCACACCUGCACAACUGGAUGCGCAACCUGUACUGGAACCACGAGGCCUUCAAGGACACGACCAACUUCCUGCACAUCAAGUACCACUACACCCGCUCGCACAAGCAGAUCAACCCCUUCUCCAUCACCCCCGUCGGCCCCCUUCCUGACAUACUGCCCCUGGGCGAGGAGGUCACCGUGGUCAAGCAAGCUGGUAAGCAGUGAGGGAAGAGAUUGCUUGGGGAACUCGAGGUCAUACUCGCGUAGUGCCGAGGCUGGUCUGAUCCAAGGAAGGCAGGGAGUAAGGGCCGCCUAUAGCGAGCCCUAAAGUACCAUGUACAUGGACUACUACUGAGAUUAGUGUAGCAUGAUGUGAUUGUGUUGAGAGUAUAGCAGUAUUCAGAAUAAUCGUAAAUGUGAGCAUGGUGAACAAGGAUUGGCGGUCACAACACCUGUUUACCUAUUAGGUAGGGAUGUGUUCUAGAAAGACCUUGCCAGUUGAACCUGAGAGAUGGUGAACCAAG